CGGUGGUUGGUCACGGUACUGCAGCCUGAAGGCGGAAGUCUGUUCCACCUGUUAACGAACAUCACGUCAUGUCUUCCUUUUGAACUAUUAUGACUAUUAUAACUAAUUACACUAGCAUAUCUAAAUGUAGAUAGUCGGUUAUAAGAGGAUCAUGGAUAAAUUAAAGAAAGUUUUGAGCGGUCAAGAUGGAAACAAUGAUAAGGUGGACAUACUGGAGGUAGCGAACCAGGCCAGCACGCUGAGCUGGGGAACUCGGGUGAAGGCCUUUGCAGCCUCCUUCCUUCUGGGAGUGGUUUGCUCCAUUCUGGGGAGCUGCCUGCUGUGGGUUCCAGGCGUGGGCCUCGCUCUGUUCGCUGUGUUCUACACGCUGGGAAACGUCUGCUCUCUGGCCAGCACCAUGUUCCUGACCGGACCUCUUGCCCAGCUGAAGAGAAUGUGUGCUAAAGAGAGAGCGCUAGCAACCGUCGUCAUGGUGACAUGCCUGGUGUUAACGCUGUGUUCCGCCUUCUGGUGGAAGAACAACGGACUGGCUGUUCUGUUCUGCAUUCUACAGUUCCUGGCCUUCGCCUGGUACGGCCUGUCAUACAUCCCCUUCGCCAGGGAUGCGGUCCUGAAAGUGUUCACCUUCUGUCUGUAACAGUCUGUCAGAAACACUAUUUAACCAUCCAAUCAGAUCCGACUACUCUGUGCCUUAUUAUUAUGAUGCUUCAUUAAUAUGAUGCUGUAUUAAUAUGAUGCCUUAUUAAUAUAAUGCCUUAUUAAUAUGAUGCUUUAUUAAUAUGAUGCUUUAUUAAUAUGUUGCCUUAUUAAUAUGAUGCUUUAUUAAUAUGAUGCUUUAGUAAUAUGAGGCUUUAUUAUUAUUAUGAUGCCUUAUUAUUAUGAUACCUUAUUCCCAAAUGCAUAUGUUUUACGUGUUUUAAUUCUGGAUUUCGAGGUCAGAGCCGCAAUGAUAUUGAAGGAAGUAGACCAAAGCAAAUUAAGUCAGCGCAACACACAAAAAAAAUCAAUUCAAAUCAAAUGUUUAUUUAAUACUGAACGUUUUCUAACAUUCGGGCAGACCUUACAGCAAGAAUUUCAGAACAAUGUACCUUUAAAUAAAUUAGUAAAACAAUUUUAUUUUAUU